CGUGAGCCGUUUUCUGAUAAUGUCAAUAUGGCUGCUGUAAAACAGACAAAGGCAAGAGAGUCUCGCCUCGAUUUGAAAUCAAAAUAAGGGAAAAAAGAAGGUUGUGCGGCUUUGCACACAUUUUUUUAUGCAUAGUUAGUAACGUCGCCUGUUACGUUAAAUGAUAUUAAUUUAGGACGAAUAUAUUAUCCUGUUAAUGGUCUGGCCGGCGGAGGCCCUUGAUUCACAGAUCAAGAAUGUCCCACUACACAGACGAGCCGCGUUUCACCAUCGAACAGAUCGACCUGCUGCAGAGGCUCCGCCACACCGGCAUGACCAAGCGGGAGAUCCUGCACGCGCUCGACACCCUGGAGCGGCUGGACCGCGAGCAUGGGGAGAAGUUCGGCCACCGCGCCGUCUACGCGGGCCCCAGGGCCCCUGGGGGCCCGGGCGCGCCCGGCGCCAACACCGCCUCCACCUCCACCUUCUCCGCCAACAACGCGGUGGCUUCGUCCUCCACCGCCACCACCGCCACCCAAACACAGUACCGGAGCAGCCUCUCCCCCUCGCCCACUAACGGCUACGACGCCUCCCCGCCCGGACCCCCGGCCCCGCCCGCCCAGAACGGGCGCGACGCCCUGCUGGCCGUUCCCAACGGGAAGCUGUCCCCGCCCCGCUUCCCCGGCGGCAGCUCAGCGGCCGUCGUCAUCCCCACCCGGACCUACGCUUACGACGUGGCGGAGGAGGAGAUGGAGAUCGAUGACAAGGUGGAGGAGCUCAUGAGGAGGGACAGUAACCUCAUCAAGGAGGAAAUCAAAGCCUUCCUGGCCAACCGGCGGAUUUCCCAGGCUGUGGUCGCCCAGGUCACAGGGAUCAGCCAGAGCCGCAUCUCCCACUGGCUGCUGCAGCAGGGCUCGGACCUCAGCGAGCAGAAGAAGAGGGCCUUCUUCCGCUGGUACCAGCUAGAGAAGACCUCGCCCGGCGCCACCCUGGCCAUGCGCCCCACCCCCUUGGCCCUGGAGGAGAUUGAGUGGAUGCAGACUCCGCCGCCGAUAAGCUCUGCCCCAGGGAGCUUCCGCCUGCGCAGGGGCAGUCGCUUCACCUGGAGGAAGGAGUGCCUCGCUGUGAUGGAGAGCUACUUCAAUGAGAACCAGUACCCAGACGAGGCCAAGAGAGAAGAGAUCGCCAACGCCUGCAACGCUGUCAUACAGAAGCCAGGAAAGAAACUGACUGAGCUGGAGAGGGUCACGUCCCUGAAGGUCUACAACUGGUUUGCGAACCGACGGAAGGAGAUCAAGAGGAGAGCCAAUAUCGAAGCAGCAAUCCUGGAGGGCCACGGGAUCGAUGUUCAGAGCCCAGGGGGUCACUCCAACAGUGACGACGUUGAUGGCAACGACUACUCCGAGCAGGGCUGCGAUGCCGUCUUUUUUGAAAAGAGGCCAUUCCCCCGACCCAGAUUUGACCUCUCACCGCCCACACAGGUGCCCGUUUUGCCGCCCAGUUGGCUGGCGCCCAGGCCCGGGCCGGGCACAGCGGGAGCUCAGAGGGCCCCGCCAGGGGGCCGGCCGGGCGCGGGGCCGGGGAAGGCGGACGGGGGCCCCAGACUGAGUGCGGUCUCCUGGUCCCCCCCGUCCCUCCAGGACGACAGCAACAGCCACGGCGAACACCAGGACCCCAUCACGCUCGCUGUGGAGAUGGCCGCCGUCAACCACUCCAUCCUGGCGCUGGCCCAGCAGGGCGGGGCCGGCGGAGAAAUCAAGACGGAGGUGCUGGACGACGACUGAGGAGCCGCGGGGGGGGAGAGUGCGGGGAGGGAAGGGGGAGGUGGAAGUUUGAGUUCCACCACCGUGGGGCGGGAGGACUAAACGAUGACCAAAGCAAUGUGUGCAACCCGUGUGAGUCCCUACUUCAUUUGUGCCCGCCCGAACCCACUUCCCCCUUCCCCCUCCACCUCCAUCCGACCUCCCUCACAGUCUCGUGGUCACGGCCACCCUGCCUGCUCCUCGGUUGGACUCCCCAGGUUCCUCUUCUCUAUAUCUACAGGUUAAGUGUGAGUACAGCAUAACCACGUACGCUUCUGUCUGCUAGAAAGUUCUUCUCAUAGGACCCCACACGCCUCCCCUUGGCAUGGAUUCUCUUCACUUUCAGGGUGAUAUUUUUUUUCUUUCUUUUUACUUCACUGCAAAAAAAGUCCGUCUUAACAUGCGAUUUAGUCUUGUCAUGAGGCUUUAAGAUGCAUUCUUUCUCUCAAGUAGAAAGCUGCUAUUAUUAGCUUAUUAUUAGUUUGUUUGAAUUUACUUUUUGCUUGACAACUGAAAUUGUCUUGCCCUGUUGACAAAUCUUGAAAUGAGUCAAACCGUCUCACCUCACUGGCAAUAUUUUUGUCUUAUUUAGCAAAAAGUAAUAGAAAUGCACUUUUCAGUCUGAAUAUAAGACUAAAAUGCGUGUUAAGAUUGACCUGUUGUUUGGUUUUUGCAGUGUUCCGUUUGCCUGACUAAUACAAUAACCACCUCCGAAUGCCCAACCCCUCCCUCCCUCUGUCGUGAGCGAGUGACCAAGGAAGACAGUGUCCCUCUCUUCCUGUGUUCCACGUUCCUACCUCCGUUACCCGCUCCAGUACCCCCUGGCCUACCUCCCACGCGAUAUGGUGCGCUGCCUGCCAAUACCUCUCAAGUGACGUUCUAGCAGAAUAGGCUUUGCCUCUCUCAUUCACUCCCAUAGACCAGUGGAGGUAGCGGAAGAACAUAUAGGGUUGGAGGUUGCUAGCUUAUCUCGUUUCGGUAAGGAAACCGGAGGUUACUAGCUAGCGUAGCGUAGUUUGAGGGACACUAGCGGCGUUUGUUUAGCAGGUUUUUGAGGUAGCGCAGAGCUUGCACUACACUACGUGAGCCUCCGUUCCUGUGGCGAUUCAAGAAAAAAAAAAAGGGACAUUAUAUAUUUUUUGCCAUUCUAUGUUUUUUUCUGAAUCAUCGCUCAAUCGAAUGAGAUAUUUUUUUAUUUAUGAAAUAAGACUGCUUCUGUGCGGAUAAUGUUACUUUAAAAUCCCAAAGUGAUAAGAACUAUGUUGAACCGCCGGAGGGAAACCUUUGCGUGUUAUAGGCUAACUCAGUCCCAGGUGCCACAGUGGUCAGGUAGCCGUGUCCCCUGUAGCUACUUCGCUUGGUGGGGCGGGUGGGGGAGGCGUGCCAGCUUUCUGACAGCCAGGCCGGCAGGUGGCGCCACCCUCAGCAAACCCACACGUGCGAGAGUGCCCUGUGGUCGUGAGUCGUAAAUGGAAAUGGUUUGACUGUUGCUUAAACCCAAAGUGAUUUUAAAGUGGAAUUAUUUAAGAACAUAGCAGAUGCUCCUACUAUCCAGAAGUGCUUAUAAUACAUACUGUUGCAUACAUUAUUUUAUAUCAAAUCAAUCUAGCAAACUUAAUACUUAAAUACUUCAAAAUGGUUAAUAAGAACACUACAGAUAAUUAUAACGCAUACGUUGUUGUAACGGUAAAUCUGCUGCGUGUACUGUUUUUUUUUCCAGUUGUAGGAAUGAUUAUUGGUUAAUUCAUCCCAGGGACAUCAGGUUGGCUGGAGAUCUUUUAAGGCUUCUGUUGGAAUUAAUACAGACUGACUGAGUUAAUUUUAUACUGUUUAAUUGUUUAAUACCUUAUGGCAAGAUUUUAUGCCUUCUGGACAAUUUUAUUUUGUCUAAUAAUUUUCAGAUUCUUCAUAGCUGCAGGCAAGAGUUUUAUUGAAGGAAGUCCUGGCUGACAGGUAGUAGUAUCCAAUCCCAGAAAAACAACACUUCACUGUCUGUAUCUUUAUUUUUCCUUGUCCCUGUUUUAAGAACACAGAUUAUUAACUGGCUGGGCAUUAGGUACAAGAGGGGACUGUAUGAAGCAGGCUUGGUUGUAUGGUUUGUCUGUUUCUCUAGAAGCUAGCAACGAAAUGGUCAUUUCCUCCUUUAUAUGUUAUCUUACUGGCGCAUAGGAUGCUGCUGGUAACGUGAAAUGACAAUUAUUAUUUUGCUCAAGUACUAUCUGUCAUGUACUUUCUUAAAAGUACUAUCUGUUGGAUGACAGCUAAGCUGACUGGUAAAUUGUUUGUGCUGCUUCAAAGCUUUAGAAUCUUUGAGGCAUUGCUAUCAAGUAACCUAGCGCUUGUCUCUAUAUGAAAUGCUUGUUGUGCAAGGUUUAAAAACAAAACCUUGAAAAAUUAAUCAGACAAAAUGUAUUUUUAAUUGUUUUUUCUUUUUUUGUUCUUCCUGUGUAUAAUUCUGCCAAGCAGAGAUGUAUAGAAUGAAAUGAGAUGAUUUUUAUGUUUUUGAAACCUUUUUGUUUUUAAUUUCCAAAACGUUUAAAUAUUGAAAUUCUUUUUUUCCAUUUUAUGCUUUUUUAUGUAAACUAUCUGCUUGUUUGUGUUUUUAACUGUGAUUAUUCUUAAAGGCAAAGCACCCCCGGUAUUUUAGGAAAAGCUUUUUCCAGUUACUUUCAUAAUUGGUAAACGAUCCCUGAAUUAAGAGUAGGACUUAUCAGAACAGCGCAUAUCCAAACUAAGAUAACCCACUGGUGCUGCUGGGGCAAUGGCGUUGGACUUGCUGUAGCCAGUGGUCAGCCAUUUCAAGAUGUGUGCCUUGCUUCCACUUAAGUCUCUAUUCCACCCUGCCAUAGUCUUGAACCUCACCGGCAGGACAGCUAGCAGACUUAAAGCCUGUGUGCUGUUCCCUUGCACUGUCCUGUACAUUAUGCCCUCACAAAUGCUUAAAAAGGAAGAUCUAUGUGUUCUUCAAGGUACUUAACAUUUUUAGUUUGAUUCCAUGUGUUUAUGUAUAAACCAUCCCUCUCAGAUCAGCGAGUUACAAGAUGAGUGUUAAGGUUGAUAUUAUUUUAGGAAUUCAGUGUAAGCAGUUGUUGACCACAAGCAACUGGGCUUCAGAACAAAUUUCUGGUUUCCCCAGAAUCAACAGAAACGUUGAGCGUGUUACGCGUCACAUUGUCCUCAGCAAAACAUUAUGAAAAACGUGUUUAAACAUGAAAAUAUUGUAUAGCUGUCAACCAGUCAGAAUCAAGUAUUAAUCCAAGAUCGUGUGUUUGUUUGUGUGUAGUAGCGAUAUAUAACUUGUGUAAAAUAAUCAAAAGGACACGUUUUUUUGUCAAUGACUAUUGAGAAUGGCUGUGAAUAAGUCAUUUUUUUUUUUUUUUCUGACCUUGCUGAAUCGUCAGCGCCCGUGGACUUGAAACUGUGCUCUGCUACAAGACGGAGAAUGACUGAGAUGGCAAUAACAAAUCAAAAGUCCUUGGUUUGGAAUGAAGAGACUUGAGGACUGACUGUGUGGCCAGUGGCUCACUGUAACUUUACAGAGCAGUGUGCUUUGAGCCUGUUAAUGGGGGGUGAAGGGAUGACCCUUGACCCCUUCCCUGAACGGGAGUGCUCUGCCUUUAAGCUUCCAGGGCUCAGAACCUACCUGUCCCUGUCACCUGUCCUUGUUGAAUAUGUGGACAAUAUAAUGCAUAUAAACAAGAUAAAUUAAAAUCACUGUUGUAUCAUUGAGAGAAAAUUCCUAUAUCUUCUAUUUCAGAAUUUAGUGCCUUUUUUGGAGAGUAGACUGUUCUGUAAUUAAAAUGUAGUAUACAGUGUAUAUGCUUUUGUUACUAUUUUUGUUUCGGAAAAACUUUUUUUAAAAUGUGUUUAUUUCGGUAUUGUACUUACUAGAGAAUCAUAACUAUAUCAAAUGAACAAUAAAUAUGCAACUGAUCA